CGUGUCAGCGGCGGACACGCAGGCCGCCGCCCGCGAUAUUUGCGAGAGCGAGGCAGGGAGAGGACGAGUAGGGGGACGGGGAGUGAGGUGACGCGCGCGAUGCUGCUGCGGAGCGCGUCCUCGCCGCUGCUCAACUGCGCGCGCGCGCCGGCGGAGCACCACGCGGUGGUGUCGCCGCCGGUGGCGGCGGCGCCGAGGCAGGGGGCGGUGCUGUGCCGCGCGAUGUCCGAGGGGGACCUCGCGGCGCAGCUCGCCCCGGCCGUGAGGGGGAAGGUGAAGGACGAGGGGGCCCACGGGUGGGCGCCGAGGAGGCUGUCGCUGCCGGCGUCCUCGUCCUCGUCCGCCUCCAUCUCCGUCGAGGAGGAGGACGGCGAGGGCGAGGAGGAGGAGGAGGCCGAGGCUGAGGUCGCCGGCGUGCCGCUGCCGCUGCGGCGGCUGCUGACGAGCACGGGGCUGGACGUGUCCGCGGCCGCGGCGAGGGAGGCGGCGCUGGCCCUCGCGGAGCAGGGCGUCGCCGGGGGCGGCGGCGGCCGCGGCGGGAAGGCGUCCGGCGGCCAGGGCGGGGACGCCGGCGGCGACGGCCGCGCCGCCGCGGACGCGCAUUACCGGCAGAUGAUCGAGGCGGACCCGGGCAACCCGCUGCUGCUGGUCAACUACGCCCGGUUCCUCAGGGAGGUGGAGGGGGACGCCGCACGGGCGCAGGAGUUCUGCGAGCGCGCCAUCCUCGCCAGCCCCGGCGACGCCGAGGCGCUCUCGCUCUACGCCGGCCUCGUCUGGGAGACCAGCCGCGACGCCGCCCGCGCCGAGGACUACUACAGCCGCGCCGUCCAGGCCGCGCCCGACGACUGCUACGUCCUGGGCUCGUACGCCGGGUUCCUGUGGGACGCCGAGGAGGACGACGAGGAGAGUGACAACGCCGAGCCCUUCCCGCCGCCGCCUUCACCGUUCCUGGGGGCAGCUCAGCAUCCUUCCAUCACGGCGGCCUCUUAGACGAACACAUGAGAUCUCACCCGCCACCGACGGUGUACUAGCUGGAUCUGGGCUCUUUGAAGAGCAACACCUGAGAAAUCAGAGCAGCCGCUCCGACGACGAGUCACCGCCAGCGGGCUGCCUCGCUGCCGCUGGUGAACUGAAUCACCGGACACUUGUAGAACUGAAUCUGGAAGAGCACCACUCGUACUAUCGGAUUGAAUUGCAGGGCUAUGUAUAGUAGAUAGUAGAUAUCUUGGCCUGAGACCAUGCAAAGCUUGUACAUGCAGAAUGUUCUUGGUCACUUGUGUAUCAGUAUUCAGUAGUAGUACCACUUGUGAAAUAAACAUCAGAAUCGGGUUUUUUUCCA